AGGUUAGCUCAUAGAGCUGAAAUAGAUGGAAAUGAUAAAUUAUUAAAAUUUUCCACAGAUCUUGAACAAGCUUGUAUUGACUCUGUUGAUAUUCAUUGUAAAAUGACUAAAGAUUUAGCUUUAUCAAUUCAUAGAAAAAAUCUAAAAAGAGAACAUCAUGUCAACACUGAUGAGUUUUGGUUGCUGUUAUAA